AUGGCCUUUCUCUGGCUCCUCUCUUGCUUCGCCCUCGUGGGGGCUGCCUUUGGCUGCGGGGUCCCGGCCAUCCAGCCCAUGCUGAGUGGCCUGUCCAGGAUCGUCAAUGGGGAAGAUGCAGUCCCUGGCUCCUGGCCCUGGCAGGUGUCCCUGCAGUACAGCUCCGGCUUCCACUUCUGCGGCGGCUCCCUCAUCAACGAGAACUGGGUGGUCACCGCAGCCCACUGCAGCGUCACGACCUCCCACCGGGUCGUCCUUGGGGAGUUCGACCAGGGCUCAAGUCAGGAGAACAUCCAGGUCCUGAAGAUUGCCAAGGUUGUCAAGAACCCCAGUUACAGCUCCCUCACCAUCCGCAACGACAUCACCCUGGUGAAGCUGGCGUCCUCCGCCCGCCUCUCAAACACCGUGUCCCCCGUGUGCCUACCCAGCGCUAAUGAUAACUUCCCCGCCGGGACACUGAGCGUCACCACGGGCUGGGGCAAGACCCAGUACGACGCCAGCAAGACCCCCGACAAGCUGCAGCAGGCGGUCCUGCCCCUCCUGUCCAACACCGACUGCAAGAAGUACUGGGGCAGCAAGAUCGCCAACUCGAUGCUCUGCGCUGGCGCCAGCGGCGUCUCUUCUUGCAUGGGCGACUCUGGUGGCCCUCUGGUCGCCCAGAAGAAUGGAGCCUGGACCCUGGUGGGCAUCGUGUCCUGGGGCAGUUCCGUCUGCUCCACCUCCACGCCUGCUGUGUACACCCGUGUCACCGAGUUCGUAUCCUGGAUUCAGCAGACCCUGGCUGCCAACUGA